AUGAGUGAUAAGAGCAGCAUGUGUAUAAAUGUCUCAUAUAGAUCGAGUGUGUGGAGGAGGAGAAAGAGAUUUUAAGUUAAUGGAAGUAGGUUCUACAGCAAUAAAAUAAGUGUUAACAAAAGUAGGUGAGCUUUGUGCAUCAAAAGAAGAAAUAGAGUGGUUUAGAGAAUUUUGAGGUUGAGAUGAGGUUAGAUCUAAGUGGUUGGCUAAAUGAGAUGUAGUUAAGUGUUGAGUUUGAAUCACUAGCUGAGGAGAAUCUAAGUGCUGAGUAAUGAUCCUAAGAUACCUUUAGUAUUAGACAAUUGUUGGGUUUCACAUGUAGAUAGGGAAGAUGAGUCAAAUAGAAAUACACUUUCAUCAAAUAGAACAUGAUGAGAUAUAAAAAGUUUUCCUAUCAAUGGAGACAGACAUCUAUAACCUAUAUAUAGUGAAUUGUAGCUAAGAAAGAUGUAUCUAUCAGACCUUUGGGUAAGUUUAUGAGGAAAAUAUGAUCUAAGAUUAAGAUAACACAAACAGCCAAAGGUACAAAGAAAGCUUUAAUUUGGAGGAGAAUGAAAGAGUUUUUCAUAGGGAGAUUUGUAUUUAAGAAUUGAGGUGAGUAGUCUAUUGAUGACUGACGUGACUUAGUCGUUGUAUAUUAAAUCACGCAAAUAUAAAAUUUAUAAAACUAGAAAAUACGAAUUUUCGGAUAUUUAGAAGUAUUUCUAAAUAAAUAUAUCAAUUAUAAUUCAAUAAAAAUUUCAAAAAUAGUGGUAAUUUUCCAAGUCAAUCACAGGGAUGUAAUAUAAUAUCUAGUAAUUAUUCAGAAUUUUUCUCAAUGAAUACGAUUUUCUAUGAAUUUUAUACUAGGAAAUAAAAAGGAAAUAUAUUUAAAAUUCACGAAAAAGGGAAAUAAGGGCGUGGAUGUUAGGAUGAUGUCAGCGCUAGGCGAGCGCGAAUCAGACAGAAACAGAGUUCCACCCGGCGAUUCUUACGUAAGUAAUUACGGACGAUUUAAUUGAUCAAAUUAAGAUUUGUAAAAGCCAGAAGAAUCGUAAUAGAACAAAGUAUAUUUUGGUAAAUUAAAAAUAUAAAAAUUAUCUCUAAAUGAAGCGUAAAGUAAAUUGAAAGUAGUAAAACAGAGUUCCGGCGUCAUGACAGCGAUGCGUCGGCGAUGCACCAGAAUCCUGAGCGUUCGGGAGGAUCGUCGUGCAGUGUCCACGGCCUCGAAGGCUCUCCUUGGACAAAGACGACGUGGGCAAUCUCUAGAUCUUCUCGCAAAGUCUAGAGAUCAAUGAAGUGGGUCGUCGAAUCGUCUCCGGCAGCUGUCACCCGGCGGAGUGGAAAAACAGCGACUUUGUGGCUCUCCGAUGGCUGUCACCCGACGGAGAGGAGCUGGAUGGAGGUGAGGUGCGUGUUAGGGAGCUUCAUCCUUAGGUCCGCACAGCAAGAGGAGGCUCUUCAUCGCAUCUGGUACGCUCUCAGGAGAUGGCGACUGGUCUCCCGGUAG